GAACACUGAUGCACCAUUUCUUCUUGUUCUGUCUUAUCUUCAUGUCCAUACUGCUCUAUAUGCUUCAAAAAACUUCAGAGGAAAGAGCAAGCAUGGUUUAUAUGGGGAUGCAGUGGAGGAAAUGGACUGGAGUGUAGGGCAGGUUCUGGAUGUGCUGGAGAAGUAUAAUCUGAGUGAUAAGACUCUUGUAUACUUUACAUCUGACCAAGGGGCUCAUGUCGAAGAAAUCUCCAGCUCUGGAGAAGUUCAUGGAGGACACAAUGGCAUAUAUAAAGGUGGAAAAUCAAUGAACUGGGAAGGAGGCAUUCGUGUGCCAGGGCUUCUCCGUUGGUCUGGAGUGAUACAGGCUGGUGCUUAUGUUGAUGAGCCAACCAGUAACAUGGAUAUAUUUCCUACCGUAGUCAAACUUGCCAAGGCACAGUUGCCCUCUGACAGAAUUAUUGAUGGUCGUGAUCUGAUGCCCUUACUUCAAGGAAAAGUUACCCGAUCCAAGCACGAGUUUCUCUUCCAUUACUGUAAUGCAUAUUUAAACGCAGUGCGCUGGCAUCCAGGAAACA